GAAAGGGGCUCGUCACUUCCGGGUUUCGCGUCUGACGUGUCUAAAACAGUUUUGCUCUGGUGGCGGAUUUGACCCGUGGGGGAUUUAACAUCGAUUCGACUACUAUUUGAUCCACGGUGUCAAGAUGCUAGAUUUCUUCACCAUCUUCAGCAAAGGGGGGAUCGUGUUGUGGUGUUUUCAGGGAGCCGGGGUCAGUGAAUCCUUCACCGGGCCUGUCAACGCCUUGAUCCGCUCCGUCAUCCUUCAGGAGCGAAGCGGGAACAAUUCAUAUACUCACGAGGCCCUGAUUUUGAAAUACAAGCUCGACAAUGAGUUCGAGUUGAUUUUUGUGGUGGGUUUUCAAAAGAUCCUGACGCUGACGUACGUGGACAAGUUCAUAGAUGACGUUCAGCUCCAUUUUAGGGAUCGUUAUAAGAAUGAGCUGGAGCAAAAGGGGGCGUUGAAGCUAAUCAACAACAGCUUUGAAUUUGGGGAUGACUUCAAGAUACUUCUCAGGGAUGCGGAGGACAGCAGCAAAGCUCGGAGUCCUGCCGCCAUGCGGACCUUUAAGGAGUCCGAGAAAUCCCAAAAAACUGUGAAGUCAAUGAUUGAGACCAAAGGUGGGGAAAAGGUCAAGGAACCAGUUGGCAAGAAGAAUAAAAAUAACAAAAAGGAGGCUCCUGCAGCUGAGCCCGUCAAAGCGGAUCAAGGCAAGGCCUCGUCCACCGGGCAGAAGACGGUUGAGAACGGCUGUACGGACAUCCAGAAGAAGCGAGAGGAAUUCUUUCGCAAGCACACGGCGGCGCCGACUGAAAAAGUCACUAAGUCCCCGAAACCUCAGAAGCCUAAGGAGAAGCAAAUGCGUGUUUGGGACAUGGGCGGUAGAGGCACCAAGGAGCUGGACUACAGCGGAAGGAAUGGAGACGAUUCUCUAAAUGGUAGCAACCAGAACCAAGAAGCACAAAUGGACCCGGGGAUGCAGCUAAACUCCAUGAAGGGUGAACUCCAGUCUGUGGACUACGAGUCCAGUGAGGAAGAGGAGAUGGACGAGGAAGAGGAGAUGGAAGAGGAGAAGGCGGUUGUCAGUAAAACAAGCAAGACGAGCUCCAAAAAAGGUGCUUUUGGUGGCAUGUUUGGGAUGCUGAAGGGCCUGGUGGGCUCCAAGAGCCUGAGCCGGGAGGACAUGGAGUCGGUGCUGGAGAAGAUGAAGGACCACCUCAUCGCAAAGAAUGUAGCGGCCGAGAUCGCCUACCAGCUCUGUGACUCCGUCGCCAAGAAACUGGAGGGCAAAGUCAUGGGCACGUUCACCACGGUGGCCUCGACAGUCAAGGCGGCCCUGCAGGACUCCCUGGUGCAGAUCCUGCAGCCCAAGCGGAAGGUGGACAUUCUGAGAGACGUCAUGGAGGCCCAGAACCAGCGGCGGCCUUUCGUCGUGACUUUCUGCGGCGUCAACGGCGUCGGAAAGUCCACCAACCUGGCCAAGAUCUCUUUCUGGCUGAUCGAGAACGGUUUCACGGUGCUGAUCGCAGCCUGCGACACGUUCCGUGCCGGCGCCGUGGAGCAGCUCCGCACUCAUCAGCGCCGCCUGAACUCGCUGCAUCCCCCGGAGCACGAGGGCCGCCCGUUCGUCCACCUCUACGAGAAGGGCUACGGGAAGGAUGCGGCCGGAAUCGCCAUGGAGGCCAUCGCCUACGCCCGCAACCAGGCCUUCGACGUGGUGCUGGUGGACACGGCCGGGCGCAUGCAGGACAACGCUCCCCUCAUGACGGCCCUGGCCAAACUGAUAGCGGUCAACAUGCCCGACCUGGUUCUGUUUGUCGGAGAGGCUCUGGUGGGCAACGAGGCGGUUGACCAGCUGGUCAAGUUCAAUCAGGCUCUGGCCGACCACUCCAUGUCUGACAAGCCUCGCCUCAUCGAUGGAAUUGUUCUCACUAAGUUUGACACCAUCGACGACAAGGUCGGCGCUGCCAUCUCCAUGACUUACAUCACAGGACAGCCCAUCGUGUUUGUGGGCACCGGGCAGACCUACAACGACCUGCGCAGCCUCAACGCCCGCGCCGUGGUCAGCGCCCUGAUGAAGGCGUGAGCGGCGGCCUUGUUCAGUCGGGGGGGGGGCGGGGUGUUGUAGUCAGCGUCGCCAACGAAGCCAACGAUACCCGUUUGCCACGCCGCUGUGAGACGUUCCAGCCCCGCUAACUUGCCUUUCCCCUCCUCCUCCUCAUGUCCUGCCCUCUCUACUUUGCAUCAAAUGAAGAACGCUUGUCAUGCACGGGACUCUAUCCUCCCGGUAAAGGACAAGUGUGCACUUUGAAAGAAGGAACAUCUUUUUACACAAAAAAAAGUCAGAGGGGCCUCCCCUUGAAUAAUUUCUAAACUUCUAGGCCUGCAUUGAACAGCGCCUCAGACGCGUCACAUCCAGAUGACAUUUUAGCUGACUAAAUGGAUCUAGGCUGUACUCGGUACGGACUUAAACUCCCGACCUGGCAUGUGUGUCAGUUUUCCCCUCUUCAUGUAAACGAGGCGUGUUGGAUGUGACAUUUCAGCAGCCGCCGGCAUCUGAGGAAAAGCUUAGUGACCAUAGUGCCUAUUUGUCUCCUUAGUUAACACGUUCACGAGCAGUUCAGGUAAAACAAACUAAAGGAACACGGGAGUCUGAAUCCGUUUCCAACACAGCGGGGCACGAGCGUCGACGAUGAAGUAAAUGCUGUACUUCCCCGCCCAAUGAAAAGGAACUGUUAACAACGUUGGUACACUAGUUGUGGAUCGGCAAGAGAUCUUUGCCUACCCGACACACACAUUGUCGUUAUGAAAUGGAGACUUUAAUUCCUCGGUUUAUAGUUGAUAAAAAGCAGAAAGAUAUUUUGUAAAUAUUCUUCUUUAUUUAGUUCUGACAUACUGGUUGUCCAGACUUUCAGACUGCACUUUCUGUGCGGUUUAUUGAAGUUCUGUGGGCCUUUUUUAUUUAUGCUUCUCUCUCCCCCCCCCCCCCCCAAUUUACUCUUCAUUUGUAAGAAGAAAUAAGUCUUAAAUGUCUCCAGCCCGCUUUAAUUUGUGGUAGUGCAAUAUGAAAGAAUCUUAAAGGCAUUUUGAGCCAAUUUAUGAGAAUGUAAACAUUUCUAAAUAAAGCUGCUACAUGCUG